UUUUGUCUUUUUUUUUUUAAUUGUUCUUACUGUAUAAACUCUUUACAGGUGGAGGAGUGAGUGGAUAAGUGAAUUGCUUAAAUUAUGUACUAAUAUUCAUUUUAACAAUAACUAACUUGCUGAAUGCAAUUACCCUCAUCUGGACCAGCAGUGACACACAGCUUUUCACCUUCACUGGAUUUACCUUCUUGAAAGUUGAUGCUGAAAGGAGCAUGAUCCUUUGUGCACCACCCUGUUUGCUGUAGGAAAAAAAAAAGUAAUCUAAAUCAGAAGGAAGAGUUUCACAUCUGUUUUGUGGCAAGAAAUGCUAAAAGUGUUACUUUUUAAUUUCCCCCAGAUUAAUGCUUAUCUUUUGGGUAACUAAUUCUUCCUUAGGAAUAAUUUAGGAAAGGGGGAUCUAUGAAAAAGGUAUAAUUAGAUGUAGGUGAAAAUGAGCUCCUGAGCUUCUGCAGUCUACUCUAACAUCUAUCUGAGCUUUAGCUCAGGCUGGCAGCUUCACUUGGCUGCAUGGUUCUUGAGCCUCUCCUUAAGACAUACUAGGACAUGAUAGUUGUCCAUCUGAUUGCUGGAACUGCCUGAGUAACUGGUAUUUUGAUGACCACCUCCUGGAUUAACUUCUUCUGUAUGUGAGUUGUCAUCCCUAGAAGUUACUCUGUCUUCUCUGUGCCACACAUUUUCUCUGGGAACAGAAGAUAAUGUUUUCACUUGUAGACAUGAUUCUAGAGACCCCAAGGUCUCCUCUUUUUCAAAUCCACCUGCAAUUUGUCUCCUCUUUUUGCUCAAGCAGAUGCAUCUCCCCUACCUCCCUGCAGCAGCUGCCACUUGGUGCACCUUGCAGACUGUGGUCCAGGAUUGCUGUCAUUGUGAAUAGGUCAGAGGAAGGGAAUAUGGGCUUUGCCAGCACAGUGGCAUCUGCCCGGGACAGCGAGAUGAAGCUGGAUGGGGCACUGCUCCCUUCUGUCAUAGCUGCUCCUCUACAGCUCUGUGGUGACAGCAGCUCAGCAGAAGUGUGAGUCAAGAUUGAAGUCAGCACAGGAAGAGAAGCAUUAGCUGUUCAAGCUGUAUUCAUUGCUCAAACUACUAUUCCUUACCUUAUAUUAACCAACUAGUAGUGUCCUAUAAAUGUUAUUCUUCCAUGGGCCAUCACUGGAAUUAUUGUGGAUUUGAGCUAGCAUAAUUUGGGGUCUGUAUCCUCCUCAUGGGCAUGAUUGAAAAGCCAUGAUAGUGUUCAGAUUCCCCUGCACUAAGGAUUAAAAUGGUGAAUGCCACAGAAAUACGUGAGCUAAAGCAAAAGUGAUGGGAGACAGAAGGGACACACUGACCAUAUAUUGCCUGCAUGUCACAGAAGACAGGACAUGUGGGAUUUAGGAAGGAAAAUAUUGUCUCAACAGUGAUAGUAAUUUCCGAAAUCUUCCACUGAAGCAUAGCAAUACAAAGCUUCAGUCUUAGCUCUGGAGACGGUUUCUCUUGGCACACUGACAGAGGGAUAUAGCUUGCAGAGGUGAAUCCAAGGAUAUAUGACCAUCUCCAAUAAGAGACAGACUGCUCCAAAGUCAACACCUUCCUCCUUAGUUUCAUUGUUCAUACUCUUUCUUAACUUGUUUUGGGAAGGCUAUAGUUACAUGGCCAUCUGUUUCAAUGAAAUAAGAAAGAGGGGGAAGCAUUAUUUUGAGUAGGAGGACUUGUUUGUGUCUGUUUUUCUCAGUUUCCUACAUCUUAGUCUCUGUCUCAACCUUAUUUAAGUUCCGUACGUCCUGUGAUUCCUGCCCUGGAUUAAUUGUGGUUGUUCUGUCCCUUGUUAUAAUGCUCUCCUUUGUCCCAGCUGACCAGAUACCAAUCAGAACCAAGCAGAUAUCCCAUUUCCACUUGGCUUUGAUGUUAUUUACUUGCCUCCAACUACUGUUUUUUCUCAAGCAAGUAUCUUGGUGAAAGAGAUACCACGCUUUUCCUGUCUUUCCAUUCUGGUUUAGACAUCCCAUUCAGAAAUCGAUCAAGGUUUAGUCAGGGUUCUUUACUUGGCAACAAAAGUGGCUGCAAUAUGCUUAGUAGUUGUGGAAGUGCAGGAAGAAAUUUUAAACAUAGGCAAAGCUGCCCUUUGUACAACCUCCAGCUGGCCAGCUCCUCAAAUGCUGUGGCAGGAGCAUGGAUCUGGUUUCCAUUUUUGUUUCCCCCCUGAGAACUUGUGUCUGAAUGCUGUCAGCAUGGAGUUUAUACUGUAGCCCCAUCAGUAGUGGCAGUAAUACAGAUCUUUCUCUCUUGUCCAACAGUGGUUUUCAGAAAAGUAGGAAUGUGACAUCUCUGAGGCAUGUACUGCACUGUCUGGCUUUGCUCAAAUAGGCUGGACUCAGAGGCUGAAGAACUGGGCAGACAGAUUAUGCUGGUAAAGGAUGCCCCCUGGGAUGAAGUCCCUCUUGCUCACUCCUUGGUUGGUUUUGCCACUGCUUAUGACUUCUUGUACAGCUACCUUAGCAAGAUUCAACAGGAGAGAUUUCUUGAAGUAAUUGCCAAUGCCUCGGGAUACAUGUACGAAACAUCAUACAGACGUGGAUGGGGCUUCCAGUACCUUCACAACCACCAGCCUACCAACUGUGUGGCCCUGCUGGCUGGAAGCCUGGUUCUGAUGAAUCAAGGCUACCUUCAGGAAGCAUACUUGUGGACCAAGCAAGUGUUGGCAAUCAUGGAGAAGUCAGUAGUCCUGCUGCAGGAGGUCACAGAUGGCUCCCUCUAUGAAGGGGUGGCUUAUGGCAGCUACACAACCAGAUCACUGUUUCAGUACAUGUUUCUUGUCCAAAGGCAUUUUGACAUCAAUCACUUCAGCCACCCCUGGCUCAAGCAGCACUUUGCAUUUAUGUACAGGACUGUCCUGCCAGGGUUCCAGAGAACUGUAGCCAUCGCAGAUUCCAACUAUAACUGGUUCUACGGGCCGGAGAGCCAGCUGGUGUUUCUCGACAAGUUUGUCAUGCGCAACGGCAGCGGGAACUGGUUGGCAGAGCAGAUCAGAAGGAACCGGGUGGUGGAGGGCCCGGGCACACCAUCCAAAGGGCAGAGGUGGUGCACUCUCCACACUGAAUUUCUCUGGUAUGAUGCAAGUUUGCGCUCCGUACCUCCACCAGACUAUGGGGUUCCUAAGCUGCAUUAUUUUGAAGACUGGGGAGUGGUGACUUACGGAAGUGCUUUGCCAGCUGAAAUCAACAGGCCUUUCCUUUCCUUCAAGUCAGGAAAGCUGGGAGGACGUGCAAUAUAUGAUAUCGUUCAUAAGAACAAGUACAAAGAGUGGAUCAAGGGGUGGAGGAACUUUAAUGCUGGCCACGAACACCCAGACCAGAACUCCUUCACUUUCGCUCCCAAUGGCGUUCCUUUCAUAACAGAAGCUCUGUAUGGGCCAAAAUAUACUUUUUUUAAUAAUGUGUUGAUGUUUUCCCCUGCUGUGUCUAAGAGCUGCUUCUCCCCAUGGGAAGGGCAAAUUACAGAAGACUGUUCCUCAAAGUGGCUUAAAUAUAAACAUGAUUUGGCUGGCGACUGUCAGGGACGAGUGGUUGCUGCCACGGAGAGAAGCGGGGUGGUUUUUAUCAGGGGAGAAGGAGUGGGUGCAUACAAUCCUAAACUGAAGCUGAGAAAAUUGCAACGAAACCUUAUACUUCUCCAUCCCCAGCUUCUCUUGCUAGUGGACCAAAUCCACCUAGAAGAUGACAGCCCUCUGGAGGCAGCAACCAGUUUCUUCCACAAUGUGGAUGUGCCUUUUGAAGAAACAGUUGUUGAUGAUGUCCAUGGGGCCUUCAUUAGGCACCGUGAUGGGAUAUAUAAAAUGUACUGGAUGGAUGACACUGGCCACAGUGAGAAAGCCACCAUUGCCUCAAGGAUGUAUCCCCGGGGCUACCCCUACAAUGGAACAAACUACGUGAAUGUAACGACCCUGCUGCGGCACCCCGUCACGAGGGCCAUCUACCUUUUCAUUGGGCCCUCUGUGGACGUGCAGAGCUUCACCGUGCGUGGAGAUUCCCCGCAGCUGGAUGUUUUUGUCACCACUGGUGAGCACGCCUAUGCCGUGUACCUGUGGCCUGUUGAGGAUGGCUCCCGCUCUGCCUUUGCACAGGUUAUUGCAGACCGCCAGAAAAUUGUCUUUGACCGAGCCUCUGCCAUUAGGAGCUCCACAGUGCCAGAAGUGAAGGACUACGUAGGGAUCGUGGAGAGGAACCUGCAACAUUUUAAGCCUGUUUUCCAGCAGCUUGAGAAGCAGAUCCUGUCUCGUGUACGCAACACGGCCAGCUUUAGGAAGACUGCUGAGCGCCUGCUGAGGUUUUCAGAUAAGAGACAGACAGAGGAGGCCAUUGACAGGAUAUUUGCAAUCUCACAGAGGCAGCAGCAGCAGCAGCAUGGCAGAGCAAAGAAAAACAGAAAGGUAGCCAAAGGCUACAAAUUUGUUGAUGCCGUUCCUGACAUUUUUGCACAGAUUGAGGUAAAUGAAAGAAAAGUGCGACAAAAGGCACAGACUCAAGCACAAAAAGAGUUGCCUGUAGACGAAGAUGAGGAAAUGAAAGAUCUCCUGGACUUUGCAGAUAUCACUUAUGUGAAACACAAAACUGGAGUGUCAAUCAAAGGCCGAUCAGGGCUGGCACAGAUGGUGGCGACUGCUCGAAGUGCCCCAUCAAUAUCAGCUUCUUAUACUCGCCUCUUUCUAAUUCUCAACAUUGCUAUUUUUUUUGUCAUGCUAGCAAUGCAGCUCACGUAUUUCCAGAAGGCCAAGAGAUUGCAUGGCCAAAGAUGUCUGUAUGCAAUACUUUUAGUAGACAGCUGUAUAUUAUUGUGGCUGUAUUCUUCCUGUUCUCAGUCACAAUGUUAGCAGAAGACCUCUACUAGUUGACCAGUUUAUGGUCAUAUAUGUCUAUGCAAAAACAUUAACCCUAAUAGGGCCAAAGUUUAUAUCUUCUCUUUUUUUCUUCUUUAUUUUUUUUUUUAAACAUUCCAAAAACAUCUCGGGAAGGAUUGUUUUCAGACCAGAAGGGAUUAAAGAAUAGGGCAAGCAAUUAAUAUCUCAGAAAAAUCAGUACUUAAUAAGUACUCCUCCUUUUUGUUUUGAGUUGGGCCUCAUGUCUGAGGGAAUGUUAUGCUUUGUUCAUCAGAGUUCAGUAAUGUAAAGUUGUAAUUAAUUUUUUGGUGAGAAGAGUCCUCAUGAUAGGUUUGUUUCUAAGGGCUUUUUUUAUACAGAAUUUGAUUUGCAUGUAGUGAGUUUUCAUUUCAGGCUGCUAGGGGUGUCUCUGGACAUUCUCCUAAGACAAGGACAUUCAAACAUACGCAUACAAGGCAGAUCUUAGCAGCAGACUUCAUUUCUCUCUGCCAAACCAAAGAAUGGCUCAAUAGGGACACCCCUGUAUCAUUAUUGCAGACCCUUACAUUGUCCUGUCUUUUCCAUCCUUUACAAUCUGGCACAGUGGGGAAAUGACAAUCAUGUCAGUGCUUGCCAAGUGAGGCACAUCACUAGUAGGUAGUAGUAGAAGGCAAAUAUGGGUUUAACCCAAAGUAGAACAGAAUGCAAUUCUCAGGAAAAUAAAACCAUUUAUAUUUUAGCCAAGUGUAGGCUGUAGAAUGCUGAAUUCUGUAGGGUCUGUUCUCCAUUUUACAAGGCAGGGUUUCAAGAAAGUUUUCUAUAGUUUGAAGCACGUCUUAGUAGGGAAAUAAUGUCCUAGAUCACUGCUCUUCCAUAUUUAAUUUUAAAAAUACAAAGAACCAAAGCAAUCCUGUGGUAACCUCAGCAACUGACAGUACGGAAAAGUAUGUAUUAAGAAACUAUUUAAUGUCUUUUUUCUUUUCAAAUGGCUAGAAAGAGGACAGUUAACAUUUUGUGAACAGCCUGUUCUCUAUAAAGCAGCAGCAAGGGUUCUGCAAGCUCUUGGUGGCCCCAGGUCAAUUAUUUGGGGAUUAGUGGUAAAUGGAAUCAUGUGGUUUAUGACAAAAAUAAGUUUGACAUCUCCACAUAUAUUCCCCUCUGUUCAUUAAACUAAUUUCAAAAGCUCAUAGCUAUUUGAGAGGAAUUGGGGGCAUACCUGUAUGUCUUUACAGAAAAACAAUUCUUCAGUACAUU